AUGGCCAGGCGCAAACGGAGUAUUCCAGCGCCCGAAGCUCCCUCGGCAGCAGAAGCUGAAGUGCGACAAUUGGAGCUGGCACGGAACCAGAACGACCAGAAGCUGAAAUCUCGCUUCGAGCGCAUCUUCCGCAAAUAUGAGCACGACUUUACUGAUGUGGGCGACGAGAUCGACAUCGAGUCUGGUGACAUCGUGGUGGACAAUGGGCACUUGCAGAACAUGCGCGACGAGGCCGACCCGGGACAGAGCAGGAGUGCAUCGUCUCGAUUCGUGAAGACGUUUCAGGAAAAGCUAGGGCAUGAAGGGGAAGACGACGACGAGGAGGAGGAGGAGGAUGACGAAGAGGACUACGAUGACGAGAGCGGCGACGGCGAGGACGAUGAAGAGGAUCAGAGCGACGGCACGGACGAGACGGAGGAAGGCGACAAUGUUGAUACUUUCGAGAGGCUGCCCACUGUGGAACCCUUCCGCGCCUUGAAGAGACCACCACCACGCCUGGCCCAACUUCUCGUCGGUGGGACCACGCCCGUAGACGACCUGGAUGCAUCGAUCGAGGACAGCGCAUCAGGCACAUCGACCCCAACAGGAUUGCUCGCUCAGGUACCCGCGCUGCAGGCCUCCAUGUCUACUCUCGCAUCAAAAGCUAAGCGCCCGACGGUUGACACGGACACCAUUCAAGCUCUUGGCUUGACUAUCGCGAAUCAGCUCGCCCAGCUCAUGGCUGGCACGUCCAAGAAGAGAAAGAGACAUCCCCGCCCUGUUUCCAGAAGCAACACGACCGAUCCAGCGUGGGACUAUCCUGAGAUCACGCAUGAUCGUAGCACUCGACGCAAACAGCGGCGCAUGAAAAGCCCUGUCCCGCCUGCUGACAAUACCUCGCCCCAAGCGCCAUCACCAGACCAGCGUUCUCUUUGGGCUCCGACAGGAAGACAAAAGAAGAACACAUGGAAAGAAGCAAAUGCGGCAACUCCUGUUCGACGGGUAUUGCGAUCUUCACUCGUCGCAUCAUCUGUUCUUAAGAAGGAGGACUUGAGGCGGUGCGGAAACUGUAGCCUGACAAAUUCCAUCACCUGGCAACCUGGCCCUAAUGGAGAAGACCUAUGUACGUCGUGUGGUAGAUACUACGACUAUCAUGGUCGAAUGAAGCCUUUCGACUCUCCCACCCCUUCGGUGGAGGAUCUCGAGGAGGACGGCGAGUCCAGUGGAGACUCAUCCUUCGACAUCAGGUUUGAAUCGGCCCAAUCUACUCCUGCUUUGGUCGACGGUGCAAAUGACGCAGCGAUGGACUCGUCGUCGAGGGCUGCUGAUGGCAAAGCUGAGGGAUCGGUGAAGCCUCGAAUAGGGCAAAGUGCAUCGGAGAAAAGCCCGCAGCGUAUCUCGCAGUUGAGCCGCGGGGGCAAGGAGCCUCAGCGCACGUCGUCUGUGGUUCAGCAGGCGCCCUCGAUUAGCGAUGGCCCCCAACAUACGCAAGCAGAUGCAAUGCCCUUCCAGGCGGCGUCCACGAGUCACACGACAUUGCCUGGAAGUGCAUCCGAGGCGAGCCUCAGAAGACAUCCGGCGCACACGGACCUGGCCUCUGUCGGACAUGCUUCGAUUCUGGGCCCCAGCUUAGCACCCACAAGCAGACACGAUCCAUCGCUGCAGCGAACUAAACGUGGUACCGGACAGUCGCUCCCUCUCGUUGAGCAUCAAAUACCCGCCGCGGCACCCUUCACAAGAACGCAACCGGUGCAAAGCGUGAUUGGAAAUUCAGCACUCGAUGUGCAGCCAAACGGGGCCAUCCGAUCGCCCUCGAGACUACGGUCCUCUACGCAGCCCUCUGCGCCAUCAUUGACGCAGCAACCGUACCCGAUGGGAGCACCCACCGACCAAAGUGCAUGGCUCGCGAAUAACUUUGCAAUGACCGCACCUACGCAGCGUGAGUCCGGUCGUCAUGCGACAACACCUUUCCCAACAACGCAAUUUGGCUCGAACACAGGAGAGGUUCCAUAUCGAUCAGCUGUGGUACCUGAACAAUCAGUGCCGAGCGCUCCUGCUGGAACUCCGAAAAAGGAGUAUGACAUUUUUGUGAAUGAGACCCCCGCCACGCUCUAUACUGCCAACACCUCCCGAGUCAUCUCCGAUGCAGAGUCUCCGGGAGGAGUGCUUGUCCCAUACACGGCUGAGGAAGACGCGACCAUCAUCAGGUUGAAAGAGAUCGACAAACUUCAAUGGGUUCUGAUCGCUGAUCACCUACCGGAGCGUACAGCCUUCAGUAUUCAGAGCCACUAUAGACGGGUACUUCAGGGUAAACUAGGAGCUGGUCGCCGAUUGCUCGAAGCUCGGCUUGCGAAGCGAGACCAGUCGCCGCCCGCUCCGCCCCUUCCGGCCGCCCCUCACGAUCCCGAAUGGGACAACGAUGAAGACGAGCUCUUGCUGGAGCUUCGAGAAGACCGCGAGCUCGAGUGGGACGAGAUCGCUGAGAUAAUGGAUAACCACACAGAGGCCAGACUUGAAAGUCGAUAUGAGGAGAUUGUCGAGUCUUCACGCAGCGGAUCAUCAAUCCUACCGGACGAGCUGCGCACCGGUGCUCUUUUCUCUGCAGAGGAAGACGCUCUGAUAGUCCGACUCAGGGAAAUCGAUCAUGUACCCUGGAACAACGUCGCUCAGCAUUUCAGAGGCCGACAGCUGCACUCCAUCCAGAAGCGCUACUCACGUGUCCUUGCCCCAGCAAAGCGGAAGCUUCCUCCUGUUGAUCCCAGCGAGAUGACACUGGAACAGAGAAUGUUCGAGGUCGAUCCAGAGCUUGCUAUUCUGCUCCAUUCUCAAAGCGACCCCAAAGCCUUCAAUCCUCGCGAGGAUCAACUGAUACUGCAACUUCGCGACCAGAAUCUGUCGUGGCAGGCCAUUGCUCCGUCAUUCCCAGGCCGAACCGCGGAGACAUUGCAGAUCAGACACGCAGAAUUACUUGCCAGCAAAGAGAGGGAGCAGCAGAUAGCAACCACGCCAUUCGUGAGGAGGACCGACGCUGCGCCGCAAACCUUCUAUCACGCUGCCAGCGGCCAAUCCACUACACCGUACAGAUCGCUGGCACCGAUGGUCAACGCGCGGCCUGUCAACAACGGCGCGUCAUUCGCAGUUCCGCCACAGCACGGUACCAACGCUCAAUCCGUUCGUGGUCCCGCUGUUGCCCCUCACACGUACGUCCCAAAUUCUGAGUCCGCAGCUCCAUUUCGGCACCCGAGUGAUGUGCAAUCUUCCAAUCAUGGCCCGGGCAUGCGCCACCCUUUCACGAAGACAGAAGACGACACCAUUUUGCAACUUAGGGAGAAGCAGGGCUAUGGGUGGCAUGACAUUGCUGUUCAACUCCCUGGACGUAGCGUGAACUCGAUUAGCACUCGAUAUAUGGACAUUCUACGGCGAGGUGACCCCAGUGCCAGGCAGGGAGGAAACGCUCCCGGCGUUUUUCGGCCCGAUGCUGCGCAGCGGACUGCUGGCAGAGGCACGAAGGCAUCACAAAAUCAUCAUUCGGCAAAUGCCCGCUCCAACACACGCCAAAGCCUGCCAUCAGCAACGAUGGUAGAAGCACGAGUACAGCCUGGACUGCUGCGACACGCAUUGAACAACAGCCGACGCCUGUCGGACUUCGUCAGCGAGCAGACUCGUGGCAAAGCUUCGCGCGGUCACAACAUUGACGAUCCCAUCUCGCUUGAUGAUGACGACGACAAUUCGACCGUUGCAAUCUCACAGCAAUUGAACGAGGAAUUGCGCCAUAGUGUAGCCAGACCUGCUCCGUCCAAUGCUACCAAGGGAACGUCGACCAUCUCCGAGAUUCGUUCAGCCGAUACCAGGGCUAAUGCCGGCGUGUCAUCAACAAUCAGCUCGAAAUCGUCACCACGGGUCACUGCUUCAAGCGCGGCUUUGCAGCAUUUCCUCAGUCGAGCUCCACAGCAGCCCAAGCUCCCGAAUUUUCUCGAAUCGAAAUCUGCACAUGCCGUGGCAGCCUCCGCAACUGUCCGACAUCAGCAAGCAUCCGCUCCCACGUUUCCAGCGGCAUCAAGACCAGCGUCCGGGACAAGCCAGCAUGACACGACUCACGAUACAUCUGUGACACAAACGAAAGCUGCUCCGCGGUUCACCAUGGCCUCACCAGGGCCCGCUGCUGCUCCAGGCUCCCAAUUCCAGCGUCAGAGCAGGCCAGUGCUGGAUGAUGAUGUUGCGGGAAACAGCCCAACGCACGCUGCCGAGCAAUCGGAAGGUAGAGCCGCCAUGCGGCAGAAGGGUGGCACUCAUCAGCCGGCCUCGAGCACGUCUACCACCGCAAUUCCUGCUAGUGCCGAUGCGAUCCUUGACAACGCGCAGGCAGAGUCCACGAGCGCCGCCGUCUUCAGCGCACCCAUCCAUCACUCUCGUGGCUCUGGCUCGGAAGAAUCCUUGGUCAUGCCAGAGAAGCCCAGAUAUUCCAUGCUGCAACUCGUGCACAUGGCCUUUCAGGCAAGUCAGUCCGAGACAAUGUUUCCCAGAGAAGUUGCUGCAUGGGUACAAACCAAUUUUGAGUACUACCGGGCUGUUCCGGAUACAUGGAAGAGUGGCAUUCUUACCGAGCUGAAUUACAAGGAUCACUUUGAGCCUGUCGAGACACAUCGCGGCAGAGAAUUUCGUCUCAGGCCUGGAGUGGGUCCUGAAGUUGCCAGCAGACCACAGAAAACUCGCGGACAUGCUCGAAGAGUAGGAGAGGAAAAGCAAGCUACUAGGGAUCGCUCCUCUACAGCCGUGAAGCAGGCUCAAGAUGUCGACCAUCUUGUGGGCAAGCCUAAGAUUACCACCAAUUCUCGGCCAACGAAGCGAGACAUCACUUCUCGGACAGAGGCAGCUUCUCCUUCGUCCUCGAAGUCGAGAGUGCCUCCUGUUGCGCCUAUUCACCCUGAUGCUGACGAUUGUGCUCCUGUCUUGCCCCUUGAAGACUCCGAUAGUAUCACUGUUGUCCAGCCUAAGCGAGGCAGGCCUCGUGGGUCCAAAAUGCGCAAAUAUAGUGAGGAUGACGACGACGACGAGUACACACCUCAGCAGGAGACAGGCAUGCCAAUCUCCAACGUGGCCACGCGGGCCCGACUGCGAAGGUCCACAGGAUCUACUCAAGCCAGCACAGAGGUGGAGACGGUGAAUGAGCCGUCCGGCGCGUUCCGAGAGAUUCCUGACAGCGAUGAAGAAAACAGCCAAGAGGUGUCUUCACCUGUGCCGAUGGCGAGAUCAUCUGAGAAGAGAGUGCAUUUCAUGGAGACUGUAGAGGUUAGGCGCCCUAUUGCAUCUCACGAGAGGCCAACAUCAUCAAAUGGCGCGCGGCCGGGCAUCUCCCAUCAGGAGCAGACCGCCGGCCAGCAUCAGACCGCCGCUCCAACUGGCUUCCCACUGUCGAGCGAAUCCAGCCGGAAUUUACCUGCUCCUACCAGCUCGACAGCCUUUGUCAAGCCAUCCACUCCAGCCAGCGUGCUCAGAAAGCCCAAGUCCCGAGUGUCAGAUGGUGCCCUUGCCAUUCAUCCCAGACACCGCAUAGCGCAGCUCAGGAAGUACGAGACCCCACGACGAGCCAGUACAGGCAUGCCAAUAUUUACGCCACAGCGAGCUGGCACGCCUACGGCUGUCUUUGCUUAUCGAGCAUCGCCGGCUGCGAGCGGUGCUGGCGAUAGAUUUGGUUAUGGAAGGAGAGUGGUUGAGACGCCGGUGAGAGAGCUGGCUGAUCCGAAUGAAGACGAGCUGGCAUGA